CCCGAGCAGCCAGUGAGCGAGCAGCCAGUGAGCGAGCAUCUACGUCGUCUUUCCUGGCCUGCCUGGCUCUGCACAGCGGAGGGACCUGCUAUUUAUCCCCAACGCAUCGGAGGCUCUGCCGUCGUCGCCCUUGGUGCACUUGUUGAGUGCAGUGUUGGUGUCGAGGUUGGUAUACUAGACGCGGCGCCCGGUCGUGGUACAUACGUCCAGCUAGAUACAUGGGUUUUGUGAAACUGUGUCAUUACCCAUCUGGAUGAGCAGAAUUAUGGCUGCGAUGCGUCGCAUUAGAAGAAGUAACAAAAUAUCUCUUAAUUUUGUAUCACGCACUCGAAGUCAAAGACCACGCAUUGGUGUUCGGAGGGAAAUAGUUUCUGUGAUACCGACCCCCAACCUUACUUCCAGUGAUGUGUCUCUGGCAGUGGAGGAUCGUGAAAUUCCGGAGGAAAUAAUAUGCCAUGAAAAUGUUGUUGAAACUGGUGCUGUGGAUGUUUCAGCGCAUAGCAAACGUAAAGAAAAAUUAGCUGAAAUGUGGGACAGUUUGAGAUCUAGUGCAACAGAAGUUUUAACUGAAGGGUUUGGGUUACCUGAAGUUAAAUGCUGCUGUGAAGAAAGAGCCACAGUUAGGUGUUUGCAGUGUGGUCCGUGUUCAUACUCCUGUCCAAGAUGUGCAGUGUUACAGCAUAAAUCCUCCCUUUUCCAUCAUUGUCCAGAAGUUUGGAAUGUUAGUGCUGUUGAAAAUAUUGAUCAAACUCGAUUCAAUAUCGAUAGCAGCUACAGAGCAACGCACAUGGAGAGAGAGAUCACGUGAUACAAAAGUAAUAUUGAAAUCAAUGGAUAAAUAGAAUGUCCAGUUCUAGUACAGUUCUGGUGCGAGUGUUUCUUUCCAACACUCCUCCUCACUCGUUACCAGAAUGAAGUCCUUGGAGAGUAGUAACUCCAGCCAUCGAUCGUAGCUUCAUAAACUGUUCCUUGGGAAGUCCUUUGGUCAUCAUAUCUGCGACCAUCUCCUUUGUAGGACAAUACUUGAGUUCCACAGCUCCUCUGUCCACUUGAUCUCUGAUGAAAUGAUACUUAAUAGAGAUGUGUUUCGAACGACCAUGAAACUGAGGGUUCUUCGACAUGCUGAUAGCAGACUGAUUGUCCUCAAAGAGUGUAGUGGCUUCCUGUGGACGAUCUUCCAGAACUGCAGUUAGUUGACUCAUCCAGAUCGCCUCCUGAGCUGCGCUUGCAAGUGCAACAUACUCAGCUUCUGCCGUAGAGAGCGCGACGCAGGUCUGUUUCUUGCUCCUCCAGCUAACAGCCCCACCACUGAUGAGGAAAAGAUAUCCAGAUGUCGAUUUCCUAUCAUCAAGAUCACCACCCCAAUCGGCAUCCGAGUAGCCGACACAGUCACCUGAUGCGUCAGAAGUGAAAGCCAGACCGUAGUCAGCAGUGCCUCUGAGAUACCUCAGGAUACGCUUUACCGCUGUCCAGUGGUGCAUAGUCGGAUGUGAAGAGAACUUUGCAACAUUGCUGACGGCGAAUGCGAUAUCUGGUCGAGUGGCCAUGGCCAAGUACAGCAGACUUCCAACAGCUGAUUGAUAUUUCUGCUGAUCAAUGCACUCGUCAUUUGCUGUCGCUUUCAUUAGCUUUGUGCUGCUAUCAACGGGAGUA